AUGUUCGAGUUCGAUAUCGAAGAACUGGAAUCCUGCCUCUCGGAUCCCGCGGCUUACGUUGGGGAAGGAUCGCCUCAAAAAAUAGAGAAGGCAAUUGCGCUUUUCGAAUUGUAUGAAGAAUUUCAAGGAGGGGACGAACGAGAUCGACUUGUCGUAGUCCUCUUCGAUCUUUUCGAGUCAGGCCGUUCCAGGUACCACCUAGACUGUGCUCUCAAGCUCGCCAAAGAGCUUUACGACCUUGGAGUCACAACUGGACACGGCAACCGUCAAGUCCAGCGCGCGAGCAAUUACUCCAAGGCCUUAGGGCAUCGAUACUUGGAAGAUGGAAAUCCUGAAGACCUUCACAAGGCAAUCGAGCUCAGCUAUGAAGCAGUGAAUGCCUCACUGCAAGCUAGAUCCAUUCUGGACAGACCCAGAGACACCAUCUUACACAAUCCUAGCAUUGAGAUCCAUGCCUUAAACACCCUGGCGGCCAGGCUCGAGGACCGUUUCCAAAUGGCAGGGUCCUUGAAAGACCUGAACGACUCCAUUAACAUCAGGGAAAAGCUCAUUGCGGCUGUUCCCUGCGAAAAAUGGCAGGCCAGCCGGAUGGAAUGGCUUCUAAACCUCGCUGCCAGUUUGCAAAGACGCUACGAGCAGGACGAAGGCGACUCUCGCCGCGAUAUAGACAGAGCUGUCGAGUUGUCAGAGGAGGCACUCCGAUAUGCAAGCAAGAAUUCCCUUUCGAGGUCGCCCGCGCUGUGCACACUUGCAAAUGCGCUUGGCGGACGAGCUGGGGUCACACAACAGGUGAACGACCUUGAUAGGGCUAUUCAAUCACUUCGAGAAGCACAGAGGGCCCCAGCCAAUCACGCCAGUCCCUUAGAGAUUGGUGUCGACCUCGCGAUGCGCCUCUUCCAAAGAUACGAAAUGACCGACUCCGAGACAACGACCGACCUUGAUGAGGCGGCGUACGUUGCGCGAUCAACCCUUGACGGAAUACCGGAACGUCAUCCCAUUCACGCCCAUCUGCAAAACUUCCUGGGCCUGUUCUUAUACGCCCGCUUCUGUCGGUCUCCGUCAGAGUCAGUGGCGGACGAGGCACUGGAUCACUUCAGACAAGCCCUCGGCAGCCCCCAUUACCCAUCGGUCUUCCACCGCGUGCAAGCCGGCCGGCUAAUGCUCCGUAUAUGCUGCGACAUGGCCAGAUGGCAGGAGGCGUACGAGGUCUCCCUCGAAGCCAUCAAGCUAAUCCCCAGGCUCUCGUCACGCGCGAUCCGCAUUUCAGACAAGCAGCGGCUGCUCAGCGCCGACGACGUCGUCGGUUUCAGUGCCGACGCCGCGGCCGCGGCUCUCCAAAGCGGCAAGGAUGGAUAUGCGGCUCUUCGUCUACUUGAGAUGGGCCGUCAGUCACUGGCCGCUUCUGUGGCCGAGUUGCGUCCCGAUCUGGUCGCGCUCCGCCGAGACUACCCUGAGCUCGCUGACCGGAUUGACGAGCUCCGGGAUGAGCUUCAGAACGACUCACCGCGACAACACGCUGCUAGUGGCGAGUUUGACACCGUUUUGAAAGAAAUCCGCGAAAAGGAGGGAUUCCAGCGCUUCCUAGAGCCGCCAAGCAAUGAGGAAAUCCAUGAGGCGGCGCAGGGCCAUCUUAUCGUUCUCACUGUGAGCGUGUACCGAGGUGUCGAUGCCAUCCUGAUCGGGAGUGACAAAGUCCACGUCUUGAACCUCAAUGAGGUUACGCUUGAAGAUCUGGGAAAACGGUCCAGGAACCUGCAGAGGCCUGCUGUGCUCAAGUGGCUCUGGGAUUCCAUCGCCAAGCCGGUCUUGAACGAACUGGGCCUUACUCGGCCGGCCCCCGACGGGUGCCUGCCACGUAUCUGGUGGAUUCCCACUGGUAUCUUGACUAGAUUCCCUUUUCACGCCGCGGGCUAUCACUCGAGUGAGGGUGAGACGGACAGUGUCAUUGACCUUGCUGUAUCCUCAUACAGCUCAUCAAUCAAGGCCCUCGUAGAUGGCCGGCGUCGUGCCUGUUCUCUUCUGCGACCCAAAGAAAGCAAAGCGCUUCUGGUAGCAAUAACUGACGCACCAGAGCGCUCACUUCUGAGGGGCGCGGCCAUGGAGGUCCAGAUGGUAGGGGCCCUCUUCGCAUCCAAGGAUUUCGACAGUGCCAGGCUCGGCGAUAGCAGGGUCCGCAAACAAGACGUCCUCCAGCAUCUCGAAACCUGUCAGAUCUUCCACUUUGCCGGCCAUGGUGUGGAGAAUAUCUCCGACCCUUUGCGCAGUUCAUUGCUGCUGCAUGACUGGGAAACGGAUCCCUUGACUGUGGGCGACGUUCUCGAAGUGAAUCUAAGCGAAGGCAACCCUUUCUUGGCCUACCUUUCCGCAUGUGAGACUGGCCAGGUUUCCAUGUCAAAGUUUCGAGAUGAGAGCGUUCAUCUCAUCGGCGCAUAUCAGUUAGCUGGGUUCCGCCAUGUCAUUGGAACCUUGUGGGGGGUUGAUGACGACGACAGCGUUACGAUGGCGACGGCCACGUAUGAGAAUAUGCUUGAGGACAUGACAGAUGACUCCGUCUGCCGUAGCCUUCACAAGGCUGCUUUAAGGCUGCGGAAUGCGACAAGAUCUUCAAAUGUAGGAGCAAAUCAGACUGACGCAAGAAAGUGUGUAUUCGUGCGCCCCAGCGCGGAUAAGUCGGGCGCGGAUAGAGCAAGUUGGGUCCCUUUUGUCCAUUUUGGCGUCUGA